AUGCGUCGUCUCUUCACAGUCACCCUCGCUCUCGCAGGCCUUGCCGGCCGUGCCCUAUCAACUCCAGCUCCUCUCCGCAGCUCAGACGACCAGUCGUUCGUUGCUCGUCGUAGAAAAUCACUUGGGUUUGGCCACGCUAAUGAGCAUGCUGUAUUCAACUCGAGUCCUUACCAGAUCACGACCAACUCCUUCCUUCCACUCCCGGCUCACACUAACCCCUAUGUCGUUGCUCGUUCUUUUUUGAGUGAUAUCUUGGCAGCUGACAAUGUGAACCCCGACAAGCACUGGGUCAUCCGGGAUGAUUCUUACACAGAUAAGAACACCGGCGUAACACAUAUCUACGUUCGUCAGAUCGUAAAUGGCAUGGAGGUCUCUGACGGCAAUAUGAACAUCAACAUCAAAGAUGGCGUCGUUCUAUCAUAUGGCAACUCGGUAUGCUUCUUCGGCGACUCACGUCGUGCCCUGAUGCAGUUCAUGAUUGCAGCAACUCCGAAUACCCAACUUGCAACUGACCUCAAGUCACGGUAUGACGAGCAUAUCAAUGCCAUGACUGUCACAUACCAGUCCUCCUUUGUUGGCGACCAUGCGACUAUGAUGGAGUACAUCGACAAUGUCCCUGAUGCAGUGUCGCCUGUGAAGGCCAAGAUGGUUUAUGUCCAGGUACCGAAGCCAGAUGGAAGCACAGCGCUUGACCUAGUAUGGAAGUUCGAAGUCGAGAUGCAAGAUAACUGGUAUGAAGCAUCAGUGGCAGCUAUAGCGCCUCACCGCAUUGUUACUGUCGUGGAUUGGGCUUCUGAUUCUCCUCUGCCACACCCCUCUUUCCAAACUGCUCCCAUCCCACCAACUACCCCCAGUCCACUCCCUGCAUCUUACAAUAUCUUCCCUUGGGGGGUUAAUGACCCAAGCGAAGGCGAGCGGGCGAUUGUACAAGAAUUGGGAGACAAGUUGGCAAGUCCAGUGGGGUGGCAUACUUUGCCAUAUAAGAAUGAUCCACAGAGCGAUAAUAUCAGGCAAGUGGGUGGAAGUCUUUGGAGAGAGACCAACACGACUUGGGGCAACAAUGUUUUUGCGCACGAGAAUUGGGAAGGCCGCAAUGAAUGGGUCUACAACCUUCGUCCACAAGGAGCUGCCUCGAAGGGGGACACUAGUGAAGGUGCCGUAUUCGACUUCGAUUAUGACCCAAAGAAGACCGACAGCGAGGAUGCAUUGAAUGAAGCAAAGAAAUAUAUCGAUGCGACUGUAACGCAGUUAUUCUAUACAUCUAAUAUGGUGCAUGAUUUAUAUUACCGCUAUGGCUUUGAUGAAGUAUCUGGUAACUUCCAGCAACACAACUUUGGUCGAGGAGGCAAAGAGGAUGAUGGUGUUAUUGCAAAUGCCCAGGACGGCUCUGGCUACAACAAUGCCAACUUCAUGACUCCACCUGAUGGUCAGAAUGGCCGAUGCAGAAUGUACUUGUGGAACACGGCAAAUCCCUACAGAGACGGAGAUCUUGAAGCAGGCAUUGUCAUCCACGAGUUGAGCCAUGGUUUGAGUACAAGGUUGACUGGUGGACCCGCGAACUCGGGAUGUCUCGGGUGGGGAGAGAGUGGAGGGAUGGGUGAGGGAUGGGGAGACUUCUUGGCUACUACCAUCCGGAGUACCAGCAGCUAUUCGGACUAUGCCAUGGGUGCUUGGGCUGCCAACAGGCCAACUGGUAUCAGGAACUUUAUCUAUUCUACCGAUAAGGCGAUCAACCCAUCGACAUACAAGACUCUCGACAAGCCUGGUUACUGGGGCGUGCAUGCUAUUGGCGAAGUCUGGGCUGAAAUGCUCUGGGUAGUCUCACAGAAGCUGAUCAACAAGCAUGGAUAUAGCGAUAGCUUAUUCCCUCCUGCCCCACUUGAAGAUGGAACGAUUCCCACUGGUAACUUUUAUAGGCCCAAAGAGUACGAUGUACACGGAAAAGCGAAGCCCUUGGUACCUAUUCAUGGUAAUUCGUUGAUCGUACAGCUUGUCUUGAACGGAAUGAAGCUUCAAGAUUGCCACCCUUCCUUCUUCGACGCUCGUGAUGCUAUAAUUCAAGCCGAUGCUGUCCUCACCGGAGGCGAGAACUUCUGCGAGUUGUGGGAGGGAUUCGCAGAGAGAGGAUUGGGAGUAGACGCAACCGUGGUCGGGAAGACGCCAUGGGGUGGAGGAAUCCGAGAGGAUGGCUUUAAGGUCCCUACUGUGUGCAACGGUGGCGAAGAAGAUCCUGAUGAUGGUGAAGACGACGACUGUGGCUUCUUUGGAUGCUAGACAUGGUAGAUGGGACGCGCGGGUUGGCGUAAUGUCCAUACCCUGCCGGGAUUCCUAGAGUUUAUGCAUACCUUUAUUUUCGUCAGGACACAUCUCGCAUGAUUCUAACCCACAUCCUAUUCUGUUGAUGCUAUCGGGGGUAACUUUGUAAGAGUAUAUAGUAUAUUGCGUUGGUAUGGUACCGUAUGGUAGGUAAUAUUUGUGAGCAAUGAUUUUACUUACAGUUACUUUUGCUUUCUUGAGUGGUGCGUGACAAUGGCAAGGUCAACCUGAAAUUAAGAAA